CAGAAGCCGGAAACCGUUCGGAGAAAUAAAGAUCGGCAUAGUCACUUCGAUAAUAAUAAUAAUAAUCGACAGUGGAGCGGAAAGUGCAAACUGACUGUGCUGUAGAUCUUGAAUAGAAUCUCCGGCGAGCUCACAAAUUUCGGAAAGAUGUACGUUCAUUUCACAGACAGACCUAUGUCUAUACUAGCAGUGUUAUUGCUUGUAUGUAUUUUGAGAUCGCCAAGCGUCUUUGCAACAGCAGAAGCUGGAAGGCGCUCUCCUGGAUCGCUCAUGGUGGAUGUCUCUCAUGAUCAUCAUGACGAUGAGGAAGGACUUCCACCGUACGACGUCGACGAAGUUGAAAAACAUGAGUGUACAUACUUCUAAAAGUGAUGGUGUGCCCGGACUAUUGUGACGCUAUGUACGAGGAAUGUAAGACGGCCGGUUUUCAGAAAACUUUGAUAGGUGAAGAAUACUCCAAUGGGACAGCUUUUUGCGAAGCUCAGAACUUUGACGUGGUGGACAGUGCUGACUGCUUUGAGUUCGACCCCAAUGUUUUUGGCAGUUCCGUGACGCCAGGCCCUGUCUUAGGCUUAGUCUUUGUCGCUGUGGCGGUGUUGGUGCUGUCGUGAUUGAGUGGGCUCUCUUUUGUCUAAAGUUGUUGUAACUGUGGGAGGUUGGCGGGUGCUCUGGUGUGGUUUGCCUCCUUCUUUCCUAUCAAACAUCCAUUGUUCUUAUCUCUCCUCCUUCUUUUUUUUGUGUUUGUUACUCUCUUGUAACACAUCUGAUCUUCGGCACUUAGAUCUAUAUGAACUUAUUGUGUUGCGAGUGCCAUCAAACUCUUACUAAAACUAAGUUCCAUUUUUUUUGUUUUUGAUAACCACCCAUUUCUAGAACAACCAAGAGGGAAGACAAGCAAUAAGUUUUAUGGCAAACAAAUUGUUCUAAAAAUGUUUUGAUUUGAAAGUUGGGCAUAUAGUGUGUGUAUUUUUUCACGAAACCCUUCUACUAUUUUAUUUGCUCAUGCAAAGGUUUAGAUUGUUAUUUUGUAAGUAUGUGUAUGGUCCACUGCUACAAGGGAGGGGGAGAGAGAGAGAGAGAGAGAGAGAGAGAGAGAGAGAGAGAGAGAGAGAGAGGGAGAGAGAGAGGGAGA